AGGGCUAUCGAUAAACGUGCUGGCGCUCCGCCAAUCUGCCACUAAAUAUGUUUUGAUUUUUACCAUGCGAGCUUCUGCUACUUUCUACUUUAACUUUAUUAAUCAUCUGCUUCCAAGUUCUAAACAUAUAACAGGCCUGAGAGUGAGUCUCCGGCUGCUCUUUUGAAUGGGAUGAUCCCUCUGUGUCUGACGUCCUGGGAGAGUUCCAGGAGCUGCGGAUGAAUUCCGCACGAAGGCGCUGAGGCUCCAGUCAGACUGACGCCGCGGCGCUCGCUCCAUCCAAACACACGCGCUGUACACCUCCAGUCGGCGCGAGAUUCAGCGUUCGGCUAUUUUGCGGAAUUUCCCGACUACGCGGAUUGUUAUUGUCACAAGAAUAAGAUCCAAACUGUUGACAGCCUGAUGAAAACAUCCCUGUCAGGGGGUUUAUUUUACACUCAGCUGUAUCUUGGCUGUAAAGAAAUAAACUGAGGCUCCUGGGUUGAAGUGAUUUAAGACAGAUCUGCCUUGCGUGCCCCAAACUUUGAAAAAAAUCCAGUCCCCAGUGUCACCCCAUCCCACAAUGCACUCCACAACAUCCAUCACUUCCCUCUUCUCCUUCACCAGUCCAGCUGUGAAAAGACUGCUGGGCUGGAAACAAGGAGAUGAGGAGGAAAAGUGGGCGGAAAAGGCUGUUGAUUCCCUUGUAAAGAAGCUUAAGAAGAAAAAAGGGGCCAUGGAAGAGCUGGAAAAGGCUCUGAGCUGUCCUGGCCAGCCCAGUAAAUGUGUGACCAUCCCUCGAUCCCUAGACGGAAGGCUCCAGGUGUCCCAUCGUAAAGGUCUGCCACACGUUAUCUACUGCAGAGUGUGGCGCUGGCCGGAUCUUCAGUCCCACCACGAGCUCAAAGCGCUGGAUUGCUGCGAGUUUCCAUUUGGCUCCAAGCAGAAGGAGAUCUGCAUCAAUCCAUAUCAUUACCGCCGUGUGGAGACGCCAGUUCUACCCCCAGUCCUUGUGCCACGUCACAGUGAGUUCAACCCCCAGCACAGUUUGCUGGCAAAGUUCCGGAAUGCUUCCCUACACAAUGAGCCUCUCAUGCCCCAAAAUGCCACUUACCCAGACUCCUUCCCUGCAAUGCCCUGUAGCUCGUUUUCUUCAUCUCCUUCCAGCUCUUUAAACCAGUCCCCCACUGCACACAGCUACCCAAACUCCCCCAGCAGUGGAACUGACCCUGGGAGCCCCUACCAAAUCACAGCAGAGACGCCUCCUCCACCCUACAGUAUGAUGGAGACCACUCCGUCUGAGGAUGUGAAACCAGGAGAGUCCUCCAACCCCAAUAAACUCAUUCUGUCAGCCCCCCAUCGAGACUUGAGGCCAGUGUGUUAUGAGGAACCAGAGUACUGGUGUUCAGUGGCGUAUUAUGAACUGAACAACAGGGUGGGUGAGACAUUCCACGCCUCUUCCCGAAGCAUCCUCGUGGACGGCUUCACAGAUCCCUCCAACAACAAGAACCGGUUCUGUCUUGGAUUACUAUCCAACGUCAACCGAAACUCUACCAUUGAACACACUCGCAGACACAUAGGCAAAGGUGUGCACUUGUAUUACGUCGGAGGGGAGGUGUACGCAGAGUGUCUGAGUGACAGCAGUAUUUUCGUACAGAGUCGGAACUGUAACUACCAGCAUGGUUUUCACCCCACCACCGUCUGCAAGAUCCCGAGUGGAUGCAGCCUCAAGAUCUUCAACAACCAGUUGUUUGCCCAGCUGUUGUCACAGUCGGUAAAUCACGGCUUCGAGGUGGUGUAUGAACUCACCAAGAUGUGCACCAUCAGGAUGAGUUUUGUCAAGGGCUGGGGAGCUGAGUACCACCGUCAGGAUGUCACCAGCACCCCCUGCUGGAUAGAAAUCCAUCUGCAUGGGCCUCUGCAGUGGCUGGACAAAGUUCUGACCCAAAUGGGCUCCCCACACAAUCCCAUUUCCUCUGUAUCCUAAUGCAUUGCAGAACAAGGGGAAUAGUUUCCCAAUAGACUUUUAUAGCAACCUAAGACACAAAUGCUCUCUCUCUGUCUUUUCAGUGGAUGUUUAUGGUACCAGUGUAGGAUCAGCCAGGAAGUAUCAAGCGGUUAAAUAAGCAGCUGUGUGGUUAGAUAAGUGUUGCAUUGUUUUUAAUGAAAAAAAACUCUGCUAUUUCACAGUAUGUACUAGCUGAGAUCAAUUCAGAUAGAAUCUCUCUAAUAGGAAGCCAAAGAAAUAUGUUAGUAGGCAGGUACUUGUUCUGGCAAUGUUUUAUUUGUGUCAUAUAACAUUGUGCCUUCUGUAACAUUUCAUGUUGCUGUUGUUGUUGUUUUCACCUGCAUUAGCUUUCUUGUUUUUGUAAUAUAAAAAUCUCUGUUCUA